UUACAUUUAAGUAGUCAGUUUGAGUCUUAAGAGCUGGUCUUGGGUCUGGGUGUUGCUUUGUUCUUGGUCUUGGUUGUUAUUCGUAGCUCGUAGUUGAUAGUUUCUUCUUCUCCUACUUGUCCACAGCAAUAUCAUAUAAUUACAAUAGCACACAGUUAUAUAUCAGCUUCUCUCUUGCUCUUCCUCUAGCUUUAUUCCAAGUUCCGAGAUACCUGAGCCUGAGAGUGUGUUUAGUUGUAGGAACAGAACACCUACAGUUUAACUAGUGAAAGAUCUUGGUCGGCAUCGCUCAUCGGGGUUGGCGCAGGCGAGAUACCACUCUCUCGACACCGGUAGAAUCCACGAGAAAAUAAAGCAUUAAAAAAAUAUUUAAAAUAAGACGGCACAGAGUAGAGAGAGAAAAAUAACUUCUGAAACUAGUCUGGUAGUGUGUGUAUGAGUGUGUCGGUUCACGGUGCGUCUGUAGCUGUAGCAAAAAGUAAAAAAAAACUACGGAGUACGAACACGAACUACUGAAAGAAAGAAAGGGAUAAUAUAUUAAAUAAAGUUUAAAAAAGUAAAUCAUCGGCAUAAGAAAACUAUGGCGGCUGUUGACUGUUAUCAAAAUCAAGUAGAGAACUCAAAUUCAUCGGGAAAUCACACUGAUAACGAUUAUAACACACAGGACAAUCAAAAUCAGCAGCAGAGACCCGGAACAAUGCAACGAAGCGGUAGUAAUAAUGGUGGACAGUCGUUGGAUCACAAAAAUCAGCAACAGCAAGCGACUGCUGGUAUACCUGGUAUGGAUGAUGAACGCAAAUUAUUUAUUGGUGGGUUGUCUCGGCACACUACUGAUAAAGAAUUACGUGAGCAUUUUGGUAAAUUUGGAGAAAUAGAAAGUAUAACUGUUAAAAUGGAUCAACAUACCGGCAUUUCACGUGGUUUUGCUUUUAUGGUUUUCACUAAUCCUAAAACUAUUGAUAAGUUGCUGGCUUCCGGUGAGCAUUACAUCAACAAACGUAAGGUGGAUCCAAAGCGUGUAAGCAAAAAAGCGCAGCAUGGAAAAGUAUUUGUCGGUGGGUUGACCCCAGACAUGACCGACGACGACAUAAAAGCGUAUUUCAGUCAAUUUGGAACAGUAGUAGAGCUGCAGGCACCUUUUGACAAGACCAAGAACCAGCGUAAGGGCUUUUGCUUCAUCACAUUCGACUCCAAGGACGUGGUGUACAAGCUGCUGAAAGCCCCCAAGCAGACGAUAAACGGUAAGGAAGUCGAUGUUAAGAAAGUUAAAGUAAACCCAGAAGUAAACCGUCAGGGAUUCUGGAACUUCGGGUACGGAUACGGGUACGGAGGCGGGUAUAACUACAUGCCCGAGUACACCAACGGGUACCACGGCGGCUACGAAGACAAUUACAGCAAUUACGAUACUUACCCAGGGUACGACAGCUUCGAGAACCACGCGAGUUACCCAACAACCGCCGCAAAGCCUCGAGGUAACGGCCAAGGACCGCGACAGUUCCAGAGACAUCAGCCCUACUAAUAAUCUUUCUUUAUUUUUUAUUAUUAAACUAAAAUAUAAUCAGCAAGUUGGAUUUAGAGAUUUAUGUUCGAUGACUCACAGAAGUGCAAUCAUCUGUCAAUGGGUUUAGUUUCGACAGCACCAUCGUAUUCAACGUACUAUCUAUUAAAUAAUAAUUAAUAAAGUCUAUUGAUCACCUGGCAGGUAUGUCAUCCAGGUUCAAAUACAAACGUACUCAUGGUUAAUACGUUGAUCCUUUUUUUUUCUUCUAAUUACGAUACAUAUAUUAAUGUAUAUUAUAUAUUAUUCAAUUAAUUAGGCUCUAAAUAUAUAUUAUUCAUACGUGGA